CAUUGUUGAUGCUCGAAAAACUUCUCUCGUGAAGUACAUUAUAUUUCAACGGAAGCAUCGUAGUCUCUGACUUUGGAUUUUGUUUGUUUUACAGAGUGAUGGACAUGUUGAGAUAUGAUAAAUUUACGAUUGGAUAUGCGUGGGUCUCGGAGUACGACAGUCCCGACGACCCUCGACAGUUUGAGAAUCUAUUGAAAUAUUCCCCACUCCACAACGUUAAGGCACCAUCGAAAGGCGUUCAAUUUCCAGCUACUCUUUUACUCACUGUCGAUCACGAUGAUCGCGACGUACCCCUUCACAGCUUCAAACUUGCCGCAACGCUGCAACAUGACAUCGGCAGAUUGCCUGAUCAGAGCAAUCCGAUUAUGAUCAAAAUCGAAAUCGAUGCGGGUCAUGGAGGCGAACAACCAGCGAUUCAAUUGGAAAUCGAAGAGGACACUGGGCGCGUUGACGCUGCAAAACAAGACGAAAUUAUAAUCAACUAUCCACUAGCUGACCGAUUUGAAUUUACCAUCAACGACUAUUUUGGUCAAAAGAUUCCUGAUCCAUAUGCAUGGCUCGAACAUCCAGAUUCCGAUGAGGUCAAACAGUUCAUUAAUAAGCAAAAUGCAGUAACUACUGCGUAUUUAUCCGGAGGACUGAUACGCCAAAAAAUAAAAGACGAAUUGACGAAACUCUGUGAUUUUCGGACAUACUCGUGUCCAAAGAAACACGGAAAUAAAUAUUAUUACAACAUAGAUUCAGGACUGCAAAGUCAAAGUGUUUUGCAUGUUCAAGAUAGCCUGAACAGCGAGCCUAGAGUCUUUCUGGAUCCUAAAAUUUGUUGUGCAAAUGAAGUGGUCUCCAUAACUGAUAAAGUAUUCAGCGACAAUGGCGAAAUAUUGGCUUUCAGUGCGUCCGUCAACGGGUCCGAUUGGAAUGAAAUUUAUUUCAAGAAUACCGAAACAGGAUUCAUGUAUCCCGAAGUUUUGAAAAGAGUUAAAUACUCUACGAUAAUGUGGACAAAGGACAAUAAAGGCAUUUUUUACGGCGCGUAUCCCGAAGAAAACGAAGUCCUAGAAAAUAAGGAUAUUCGAAAAGUCGAAAACCAAAAAUUAUACUAUCAUAUUGUGGGAACUGAGCAAUCGAAAGAUGUUUUAGUAGUGGAAUUUCCAGACGAGCCAUAUUUCAGGAUCAAAGCUCAAGUGGUCGACUAUAAUGGAUUGUUGCUAAUAUUUGCCAUGAAUGAUACUGACAAUACAAGAAUGUAUCUGACGCGAUUGCCCGUCGGAAAAAUCAGUCAAAAGUUUCAUUUAGAAAAAAUCAUUGACGAGCCGCAAAGCACCUACGAAUACGUGACAAACGAUGGGCCAAUGGCGUUUUUCGUAACGAAUAAAAAUGCACCGAAUUUUCAACUGAUAAGGAUCGAUCUGGAGCAUCCUAAGACGGCAGCGUCGAUUGUAUUGCCUCAACAUGCCAUUAAUGUUCUCAGCUGGGUUCGGGCUGUCGAUAAAGAUAAAUUGGUCACGUGUUACAUCGAAAAUGUCAAAAGCGUUCUCCAACUUUACAGCUUAAAUACUGGCAGGCUUUUGAGAACUUUUCCUCUCGAGGUCGGUACAAUUGCCGAAUUUUCUGGAGAUAAAAAAAAUUCGGAGAUUUUUUACCGGUUCACAUCGUUCUUGACACCAGGAAUUAUUUACAGAGUGGAUUUGAGAGAGGACAAAGCACCAGAAAUUUUUAAAACUAUGGGAAACGAUAACCUGGACCUGCGUGAGUACGAAACCAAGCAAGUUUUUUACAAAAGCAAAGAUGGAACGCGAAUUCCCAUGUUCAUCGUCGCCAAAGCGGACAGUGUGAAGGAUGGAACUAUGCCUGCAAUCCUGCACGGAUAUGGCGGUUUCGGCGUCAGCGUACAGCCGUUUUUCAGUGCAAAGACCCUGCUAUUUGUUAAACACUUUAAUGGUGUAUUCGCUGUUGCCAAUAUUCGAGGAGGAGGCGAAUAUGGGGAAGAAUGGCACGAGGCUGGAAAGCUCUUUAAAAAGCAAAACACUUUUGAUGAUUUCCAAAGUGCAGCAGAGUAUUUAGUCCAGAAUGGAUUUACAUCUCCGUCAAUGUUGACUAUUGAAGGUGAAAGUAACGGAGGAUUGUUAGUUGCUGCGUGUAUCAAUCAGAGACCUGAAUUAUUUGGUGCAGCAAUUGCAAAUGUUGGAGUAAUGGACAUGUUGAAAUAUCACAAUUUUACGAUUGGAUAUGCGUGGGUCCCGGAAUACGGCAGUUCUGAUAAUCGUAAAGAGUUCAUCAAUUUAUUAAAAUAUUCUCCGCUUCACAACGUAAAAAGACCACCGAAAGGCGUUCAAUUUCCAGCUACUCUUUUACUCACUGCCGAUCACGACGAUCGCGUCGUACCUCUUCACAGUUUGAAACAUAUCGCGACGCUGCAAUAUCAUAUUGGAAGAUCACCCUUUCAACGUAAUCCGAUUUUAGCCCGAAUCGAAAAACAAGCCGGUCACGGUAGCGGCAAAUCAUUAACGAAACAGAUCGAAGAGGCUGCUGAUUCCAUGACGUUCAUUGUGAAAGCAUUGAACUUGCAGCACAGAAGAAGAAGAACGAAAAAUAAUCAAAAGUGUUGAACAAAACUUGAAUUUUCUCGGGUCUUGCCGACACACUCUCAAGUAUGUAAACGAACAAAAUCUUUCUGAAAGAAUGUACAGAAUUUCUGGAAAAAGCAUUAAAACUUUUUUGGAUAUCGUUGACUUGAUGUUUUGGGGACAACACGAAUCAUUUAAAAUAGUGAAAGAUCACGAAAUGAAAUCCCGAAAUGACUCCCUAUUCGAGUGUUGUAUCAAAUAUUUCGUUAUUAUUUUAUCGUAAAAUGUUCAAAUCCUUUGGGUUCGUCAACGUCAGAAUUUUCUGCAUAAUUCAAAGGGAAAUAAUGAAAAAUAAUAAAAACAAUAACAAGGAUGUUAAACGAAAAUUCUGCGAAUGAAUUAUGAUUUUAUGAAUAAAAAUAAAGAAAAUUUUCAUCAUCGGACGCACAUUAAUCCCAUCGUCUUGUGGAACUUUCAUUUUUUCACCAGGCCAAUUCACUACAAAUGGCGAUCACUUCAACUUCACAAGUCAGGGGAAAUCAGCCAAUCUCGAGUACACAGAUACGCUAUCCAUCUUGACUUGUCUAGUCAAAAUUGUUCUUUUUUUACUUAUUGGCGCAAAGACGCUGCCGCGACGACGUUUCUAGAUAUCGGAUCGGUAAUAAAAGUAAUUUCUAUGAUCGACUUUUAUGAACGAAAUCACAAUUUCAA